UUGAAUAUUUGGACAAAAUGGCAGUCAGUAUACAGCUCUCUGGACCAAAACUCUUCAUGCACAAUAAAACAAUAGCUGAAAUGUUUAUGGUUCAAUUGGAGAACAAUAAAGGACUUUUCGGGAUCGACUGUAUUACCGGCACGGAGUACACGUAUGCGAAAUUGAAAAAAGACGUUUUCGCGAUGGCUACCGCGUUUCGCAACGAUAAUUUGGGACGAGGAGACGUAGUGAUGAGCGUGGACUACGGUUCGUAUGAAGGACAAGUGGUACUGUUGGCGGGACUUUUGAUUGGCGCAACUGUUGCUGCGUUGGAUUACAAUUUGAAAAAAAAAACCCUAGCGGCGCUCGUUAACGAGUCGAGACCGGACGUGUUGUUCUGCAAUACGUCCAGCGUCCACGCAAUAGCCGACAUCUUGAACAUGAUCGAGCACCGGCCACAAUUGAAGAUCUCCACGGCGACCACCGUCGGGUUCGUCGCCUAUUCGGAUAUCGUGCGAUCCGACGGCUUUUCCGUGCAACCGACCAGGUCGGCGUACGACAAGCGCUGGCCGAGCGCACUGGUUUUCUCGAGCGGCACCACCGGCGUACCAAAGGGUGUGCACCUGUCCGAUGACGCCAUCAAAGCCGCCCUAAUAUCGUUCAUGACUUUGAUGGAGGAGCCGGUCGAAAACAGAUUUAUGAUCACAUCUCCUGUGUUUUGGUACACCGGAAUAUUGUUAUUGAUGCUAGGAGUUCACUCCGGUAAGCCCAGAUUAUUCUUCUCCGCGAAGCCAACUUCCGAGCAAAUACUUUGUGCGAUAGACAUGUUUAAACCUACGUUUUUAAUGACUGGAGUAGCCGCGGCCAAUGAUAUGAUGUCAUACCAGAUGACGAAUGGUCACAAAUAUAAUAUUGAAAGCUUGAUCACAUUCGUCGUCGGUGGAUCUCCAAUGCGUCCCAAGUUACAAAAGAUGAUUACUGAGAAUUUACUGCAGGGAAGGAUACCGAUCAAGCAAGGGUACGGGGCUUCGGAACAGGGAAUCCUAGCGCUUUGGUCAAUGAAAUCAGAUAUUAAUACUGUUGUUGACGGAUCCGUUGGAAAACCAGCAGCUGGGGUGAAAUUUAAAAUUGUCGAUUUAGUAACCGGUGAAAGUAUGGGUCCUAAUAAAGAAGGCGAGAUUCGUAUUAAAUCAGUGUCCAACAUGAUCGGUUACGCUUACGAUAUGAAGAAAACAGUGAAUUCCUAUGACGAGGACGGAUGGUUCAAAAGCGGUGACGUUGGGUAUUACACGAACGAUGGUUGUUUGUUCAUCGUCGGUCGAAUAAAAGAAUUAAUGAUUUAUAAGGAUAUUAGGAUAUCACCGAUUGAUAUUGAAACUGCUUUGCUAAGUCAUCCGGCCGUACUUGACGCAGGGGUGACGAGUAGAGACAGUUUUCACGGCGAUUUGGUUAUAGGAGUCGUAAAGGUCAAACAAGAUCAGCAAAUCAAACCCGACCAACUAGUGUCUUACGUUAAUGAUAGGGUAGACGAACACGAACAACUGCGCGGUGGUGUGAUAUUCGUAGAAGACAUACCCCGGUCUCCGGCUGGUAAACUGAAACGAGACGAACUCAAGCUUUUGGUCAAAUAAAUAUUGCAACAUACAUUUGGUAUUAUUGCAAUUGGUAUUAUUACAAUUGGUCAAUUAUACAACAUGUAAUUCGCCAAAGGCCGCCCGUAAUAAAGUUUUAUUUUUUCAUCGUCCA